AUAGUUGUAUUGCUCGCCAGAAACCCAACCAGGCUGGCAGACAGUUGUUACCAUGCAACGAGCAGACGCUUGCGAAAGGUACGAGCUACAAAAUUGGCAAAAUUGCCUGCUGCUGUAUACAUAGCUCGCGUUUAUGUAUGUUGCUAACCUAGCUAGUUAGCUAGCCAUCAAUAAAGUUCCCAAUGUUACAACAUGGCAGACGGCUGGAGCACCGACACCAGAGAGGCUGCCUAUCGUUCCCGGGAUGCUGUCAAAAACCUUAGAAUUAAGAUCCGUAUUCAGAGAGUCACCUCCACAGCAGCCCUCUCCCAACACCUUCAGCAGCAGGUUUGGACUCAACAGGAGAGGGGAGGCAUUGAGCUGGACACCCUCAACUCACAGGCUCAAUCAGAGUGAGUCAGUAUGCCAGACUCCGCUGGAGAGACAAUACCACACAGAGAUCAUGGCUCAGGAGCGGACCAGGGGCAGACGGAACUGCAGGAUUUUCACCUACACCGAUUCUGACUGCUACACCAAUUGGGAAGGGCAUUCCCAGAGUAUGGUGACGCAGGUCAAGUCCAAUCCUACCUUACUGGCACAUAGAAUGGCCAAUGUCAGACACAGACGACAGGACAGACGCCCAGUUGACAGCACCAUCCCCAAGUCCAGGCUGAUUACCUGGGAGCCCUUGGAGGACUUUGUGAAGACCAGCCACAUGGUCAACACACCUCUACAGACCAUGCACAUCAUGGGGGACCUGGGACCAGCAGGCAAACUUGGCCAAAAGGAGAAGGAAUGCUUGUCUGCACGAUAAGAGCAGAUGGAAAUGGAGUGGUUACCAUCAAACCAGACUUCAACAAAGGCAAGGAGCCCUACAGGCCAGUGACCCGCACCUGCUGAAGUCAAAAUGUUUUACCCCAAGCUCAAGUUGAGACGGAGGGGGAGAAGAGGGAGGUGUGGCGUCAGACCAGAGGAGACAGAACAGCAACAGUGCAUAUAUUUUUUCACCUUUAUUUAACCAGCGUUAUGUACGUCAUAAAGACUACCUCAACAGCUUAUAAAGACUACCUCAACAGCUUGGUUGGCCAGGACUGAAAUG